AUGACUGAGGCUAAAGUACUAUUUAUAACUGUAAUAAUCACCACAUUCCUCCAUAUACUAUGGCUGAUAUCAUCGUUUAUUUUGAUUAGAGGAAACGCAAAAAAAUAUCGGAAAAUCCUCUGUUUAUGGAUCGUCAUCGCAUCGUUAAUAUUAAUGAUCGAUGUUGCCUCCGCGAGUUAUUUCACUUACGAUUUGUUGAAAGAUGGUCCUCCCAAUCUUAAAGGCAAAACUGCUUGUGGAGUCUGGUUUAAAAUACAGUAUCCCGUUAUAUUCGGUAAAGCGGGAAUAUUCCUUGUAGCAAAUAUCAUAUUCAUAAUAGUAGUGGCCCUGAGGAGAAGAUCCAUUGAUACGUUCAAGAAAUCUAGUGAUUUUUGGGGUACAAGUUACUCUCUGGAGCAAUUAACAAGAUGCUGCAUUUACGAAGAACCAAGCGUAAUUAAUCCAGCCGUGUCCUUACAAAAUUACCAUAGGAGUAUUUGCGAGUAUCCACAAAACGCAAAUGGUGGAUUUUACAAGAGGGCCGAAAACAUUUAUAUUGACACAAAUGAAAUGAAUUUAUCUAAAAACAAAACUACAAAUUGAAACGGGAGAAUGCAAUGGAACAAUUAUUGACAUUUACACUGUGUUAAUAUUUAUGUAAAAUUAAACAGGUCAAUCACUAAUCCGACAUUAAUUUCGGCUAAGGUAAUUUCAAAUUUUUCAAGUCGCCCUCACCAACGAGCCUCUAUUGUUGCAGUAUUCAGUGUUGCCAGAUGUACGAUAAUCUAACAAGAAUUUUCAAUUCAUGUUUAUUUUCUAAUUAACGUGUUAUACCGUUUUACAGAGUAUUUUGAAGAUAGGUUGAGAUAGAAUUCCAACUGUUAACUAAUCUAUUAGUAAUCCGGAAAUUACUAUCCGGCAUUUUACAAAUUACAAUAAUGUCGGAUUAGCCAUGUCUAAUCUGUAUUAUAUUUGGUAUUUGCUCUAUGUGAACAAAUUAUAUUGUGUAUAAAAA